AUGACCAGCGGGCACCACUCCUACCGCUCCUGGGGCUCCCCACAUCCGUCUCUGUGUGACAGGAGGAACGCUUCCCAUAGCAGACUGAGCAAAAACAGGGCUCAAAAUGCUCCGUCGAACUCGGCGCACUGCUCGGCCCGGAAGUCCCGGGCGCCAUCGGGGCAGCUCUGCGGGGCAGAGGGGAAGUCGGGGUCCAGGAGGCGGAGUCCGAGGUCCGCCCACCUCCCGCCCCGCCCUGUCACCCCCUCCACCGCCCCAGCCCAGGGAGCCCAGGAAUCUCCCUCGCCUGCCGCGUCCGAGCCGCCGGAGGUGGAGUCUGCCCCCCAGACCCCCGGACUCCCGUGCGCGCCCCUCCAUGGUGCUCUAGGCUGUGGAGGACAAGGCCAGUCCCCGGGGGGCAGGGCGAGGAAGGGGCUCCCACGCAGCCCUGCUGUAGAUUGGCAGGAGGACCCCAAGCUGGGCCAACCGAGCAGCCCCUGGCCAGAGGCGGGCAUCCCUGUGGGGACGUCGGCCGGGAGGGGUUGGGGUAGCUGGUGCCCUCGCCCGCGCCCCGUGGGUUUUACCUCAGUGCGACAGGAGCGGUGGCUCCGGGCGGGGCCCACGCAGCUGGCGCCUCCAUCUCUCCUGCGGGACCAGAGCACCGGGAGGACCCGGACCGAGACCCAACGUCCCCGCCCCCGUGCUGGGGCUCCCUGCAGGCCCCAACUUCUGCGGGGCUCUCCAGUGGGAGCAGCAAGGGUUCUCAGGAACAACCCCUAUACUGGGACAGAGGCGCCUCACUACCCCUUCUGUACCCCACCUUCUCCACUGACCCUGCCAGAGUGCAGCGCACACAGCAAGCACUUAAUAAAUCGCUCGAAAUGGGGAACAUCUACACUUGGCAAAGAAGCCACAGGAAUUGGGAAUUGGUUGAAGACUGUUUACUAGUUCCACCAAAAUUGACUGCACCUGCCAUAGGGCAGGCAGGUGCAGCAUCAGGAGCUGGAGACCAGGGGCAGCAGGCAGCACGUGUGCUCCAGCUCAGAGUGGAAGGCCCUGGGAAAUGGUUUGAUUUCCUGCGCUGAACUGAUGCUGCUUCCAGAAUGAAUCUGCUGCUUGGUGGGUUCUGCUGAUGUGGCCAGUGCUAGCCUAGGCCGCGACCACCUAGCCUACCACCCAGAAGCCAGCAUCCCCUGCUCCUGCUUUAACAAGCCAGCCCAUUUUCGUCUCUCCUACCUCUGGGAGUAGCAGGGGCGCUCCCGGAAACUGACGCCCCCUCCACAGGUCCGGGUGCAGGGGCUCCACUGGCCCCAGGGUCCCCAGGUGUCACUCUGCCGCCUCACCUUGGGAGCCUGCAGAAGACAGGACCAUGUAUCAGCAGUGCCCACUCAGGGCCUGAGCCCAGAGGCCCCUCCAAAGGAUGUUCUGCCUAAAAACACUCCCUCACCCAUCAAGGAGCCUGGGAUUCUCCCUUCCAGGGCCCACCUUUAGGACUCAGCAACACUGCCGGGCACCCCAAAACAUAUUCCUUUUCAGAAUUAGCCUGCUUUCCUCAUAAGGAGCUGAGAGCCAGGCCUGGAGGGCAGGAGCAGGAGCAGGAGCAGCUGGGAAGGGUUUGGAGUUUCAGGGACCACUGCGGGGAGGGACCCUACAGCCAGGGGCAGUCUGAGGGUCCAGGCAUUUGUGGGUUAACCGUGAUGUAGGGGAGGGGGCCCUAAAAGAAAAUAAAGGGAAGCAGCAUGGGGGGAUCCUGCUAAUCUGGCAGAGACUCCCAGGAGUACCCCAAUAUUCAUCCCCUCCUCCCAUUGUGAGAGAACCCUUGAAAACUUGAUUCAGCUGGGUACCUGGCUGCCCAAAAUUAGAAAAAAAAAAAAAAUACACUUCCUAGACUUCCUGCGGCUAACUGUGGCUACGUCACUUAGUUCUCAUCAGUAAGAUGUAAAUACAAGUGUUGGGCAGCUGCCGCUAGUAAUCUCCUUAAGAGAGA